UAGAGUCCAGCCCUAAUGCCUUGUGGUUUGCCCUGGCAGGAUUUUGACAAAAUGGCAGAUUACUUCAAGUCCCAUUACCAGGUGGAACUGCAGGAGAAGGAGAUGUGUGUGAAGGGCUGGAACUGGGGGACAGCUCGAUUUAAUGGACAGUUACUUUCAUUUGACAUUGGUGAGCAGUCAGCCUUCGAAAUCCCCCUGUCCAACGUCUCUCAGUGCACCACAGGCAAGAACGAGGUGACCCUGGAGUUUCACCAGAACGAUGAUGCCGAGGUUUCCUUGAUGGAAGUCCGAUUCUACGUCCCACCUUCCCAGGAGGACGGCAUGGAUCCAGUGGAGGCUUUCUCCCAGAACGUCCUUUCGAAGGCCGACAUUAUCCAGGCCACCGGAGACGCCCUCUGCAUCUUCCGAGAGUUGCAGUGCCUCACGCCAAGGGGCCGCUACGAUAUUCGCAUCUAUCCAGCAUUCCUGCAUCUCCACGGCAAAACGUUUGACUACAAAAUCCCAUACACCACUGUACUCCGCCUCUUCCUUCUGCCCCACAAGGACCACCGGCAGAUGUUCUUCGUGAUCAGUUUGGAUCCUCCAAUCAAACAGGGGCAGACCCGGUACCACUUCCUCAUCUUGCUGUUCUCGAAGGACGACGAUCUGACCCUGACCCUAAACAUGAGCGAGGACGAAGUGGCGAAGAGAUUUGACGGGAAGCUAAGCAAGCAGAUGUCGGGGCCUCUCUAUGAGGUGGUGAGCCGCAUCAUGAAGUCACUGGUCAGUCGCAAGAUCACCGUGCCCGGGAACUUUGUCGGUAAUUCCGGAGCUCAUUGCAUCUCCUGUUCUUACAAGGCCAGCUCUGGUCUCCUGUAUCCCCUUGAAAGGGGCUUCAUUUAUGUCCACAAGCCCCCUGUUCACAUCCGCUUCGACGAAAUCUCCCACGUCAACUUUGCCCGAGGGACCACCACCACCCGGUCUUUUGACUUUGAGAUUGAGACCAAACAGGGCAGUCUGUACACUUUCAGCAGCAUCGAGAGGUGAGUGAGGGUAUG